AUGGUAUCCACGAGAAGUAGACCAGCCGAAGUACCCACCAGACCCCCUAUAGUGGAAGUGGGAGACGCCGGUCCCUCAUCCGACAUAUCUCGCAUCCUAGAGGCUCAAGCUAGGAUGCAGCAAGAGUUCGCAGAGUACAAGAAAAGGAAUGCAGAUGAAAUAGAAGCACUUAGGCAAGAGAAUGCCCGACUUAAGAGGAGGAUUGAAGCAGGGAAGGCCAUGGAAGAGCCUGAGAUCGCCCCCUGCAGGGCAGACCUCCCACCUGUCACAGAAGAGGAAAGCGAAUACAAACCCACGGGUCACACUACCGGGGGUAACUACAACCCUUUCGCUUCUAGAAGAAACCGUAGGCACCCGUUCGUCGACGGGAUCGUAGAAACACCACUCCCUCAAAAGUGGAAGGCUCCAACUGUGACCUACGACGGUACCACUGACCCGGAUGAGUUCAUAUCCAUUUACACCAACCAAGUCGCCCUUUACUCGACUGACGACGCCGUGAUGUGCAAGUCCUUCUCUGUUGCGCUCAGAGGAUCGGCAUUGGAGUGGUUCAUGAGUCUACAGCCCUACACCAUAGAUUCCUUCAGCACCCUUACCACCUCUUUCACCACCCAGUUCGACACCAGCCGUCGACACGACCUCACAUCCCUGUCACUCCUGAACCUAAGACAAGAAGAAGGAGAGUCCCUUCGCACCUUCAUUGACAGAUUCGGCGUAAUCGCCAUGAAGAUCAAGGACCUCACCCCGAACCUGAUAUUACACUAUAUGGUGAUGGCACUAAAACCAGGACCAUUUGCUGACGAACUGGCCAUGCGCCCGCCUCUAGGAAUGCAAGAACUUCGAAAAAGAGCGUCAAUGUUCAUCAGAGUCGAGGAGAUGCGACAUUACCAAGACAGGGUCCGGAACACCCCAACCCACCCGGAGGUUAAAAGGGGCGGUAGAGAGCCUGGAGGUCGGGACCAAAACCGCCCUCGAGACAGAAAACAAGCCAGAUUCUCCAACUACGCCCCCCUUAAUGCCCCCAAAUCCCGUAUCCUUGACGAAGUAUUGCAAGCUGAACUCAUCGCUCCACCUAAGAGAUUCCAAAACCCGCCAAACGCCGACCUAAGCAAAUACUGCCACUACCACCGCAACAACGGACACACCACUGAGGAGUGUGAGACGCUUCGGGAUAAGAUAGAAGAACUUGUACGGGCCGGACACUUACGGCACUAUGUCAGAAACAUAACUGAAGGAAAUCCCAGGACCCAACCCGAGAGAUGCCCACAAAGGAACAUUCCACGAAGGGAGGAUGCGAGAAACGAACCCAGAGAAUCCAGACAAGAAACUAGGAGAGGCACAAACUCUGAACGAAGGAGGGAGGAACCACCUCGAGGGGAAAGGCGCCCAGAAGAAAGACCCCCCUUGAGAGGGACGAUAAACACCAUAUCAGGAGGUUUUGCUGUGGGCGGAUGUUCCUCUUCUUCCCGGAAAAAGCAUCUGAGGGCAGUCCGGUCUGUCCACGCCAUCUGCAAGGGACCCAGAAGAAGAAUGCCACCAAUCACUUUCAGCGACUCGGACUUCCAAGGAGUCGACCCCAACCAAGAUGACCCUGUGGUCAUAACCAUAGAACUUGAAAACUUCGCCGUGAAAAAGGUGCUAAUCGACCAAGGAAGCUCAGUAGAUAUCAUAUAUUGGAAAACUUUCCAACAGCUCCAGAUCCCCGCAGAAGAACUGAUCCCAUACGACGAACCCAUAUACGGAUUCUCUGGCGAAAGGGUGCCAACCCGAGGGUAUGUGGACCUUUACACCACCUUCGGAGAAGGGAGACAAACUAGAACGAUCCAAGUUCGAUACCUCAUAGUGGAUGCCCACACUUCAUACAACAUGCUACUAGGACGACCCUCCCUCAACUCAUUGGGAGCCGUGGUCUCUACGCCGCACCUCGCCCUAAAGUUCCCCUCAGCCUCUGGAGACAUCAUAACCGUCCACGGCGAUCAAAAAGCAGCCAGAGAAUGUUAUAUGGCCAGUUUGAAGCUCCCAUACCCCCCCUCACCACCAACAACGUCGAGAAAACACAAAUCGCGAUCGCCAUCCAAGCAGAAGAUCUCGACCCCCGGCUUAACAAUGAAGCAAGAAUCGAGCCAGUAG